UGUGUGAAUCAACGUGGAGAAGAGAGAAUAGUCUUGUCCAGAGAUAAGUUAACCAAACAUGAAGCCAAUCUCGAGCAACGACGAAACAUGGGAGGCGAAGCUGAAGCAUUUAACGUUCAACGUGAAGGAGAUACAAAACAAUUUGUUGGAGGAGAUACUCACACCAAACCUUAAAACAGAGUACCUCCAACGUUUUAACAUGGAUAGGUUUGAUAAAGAGCUCUUCAAGAAGAACGUACCGGUCGUGUCCUAUGAAGAUAUUCAGCCUUAUAUUGAUCGUGUCGUUAAUGGAGAGUCAUCAGAUGUCAUAUCAGCUCGCCCUAUUACCGGUUUCUUGCUAAGUUCGGGAACUUCAGGAGGAGCACAAAAGAUGAUGCCAUGGAACCACAAGUACUUGGAUAAUUUAACAUUUGCUUAUGAUCUUCGUAUGCAUGUUAUAACCAAGCAUGUGAAAGGUUUAGAGCAAGGAAAAGGAAUGAUGUUUCUCUUCACUAAACAAGAAACCAUUACUCAUUCUGGCUUACCCGCUCGAGUCGCAACCAGCAGCUACUUCAAGAGCGAUUAUUUCAAGAACCGUCCAUCUAACUGGUACUACUCGUACACAAGCCCUGAUGAAGUCAUCUUAUGUUCCAACAACACACAAAGUCUCUACUGCCAUUUGCUUUGCGGCCUCCUCCAAAGAGACGACGUCGUAAGAAUGGGUUCCAUCUUCGCUUCAGUCAUGGUCCGAGCCAUCAAGUUUCUCGAAACUUACUGGGAAGAGUUGUGUUCAAACAUCCGAACAGGCCAUCUCAGCGAGUGGAUCACCGACCUUGCUUGUCGUAGCUCUGUGUCUUUGGUUCUUGGUGGGCCACGUCCUGAUUUGGCAGACACUAUUGAGACUAUAUGUAACCAGAGUUCUUGGAAAGGUAUAGUUACAAGAAUCUGGCCGAACACUAAGUAUAUUGAGACCGUUGUUACGGGCUCAAUGGGACAGUAUGUUCCCACGUUGAACUACUAUUGCAACGACUUGCCUCUUGUUUCGACGACUUAUGGCUCUUCGGAGACAACGUUUGGGAUCAAUGUGGAUCCUCUGUGCAAGCCUGAAGAUGUUUCUUAUGCGUUUAUGCCUAACAUGUCUUACUUUGAGUUCAUAACGAUGGAUGGAGACAAGCGUGAUGUGGUUGACCUUCAUGAUGUGAAAGUUGGGUGUACUUAUGAACCUGUGGUUACAAACUUCGCUGGAUUGUAUAGAAUGAGAGUGGGAGAUGUACUCUUGGUGACUGGUUUCUACAACAACGCACCAGAGUUUAAGUUUGUAAGAAGAGAGAACGUUGUCUUGAGCAUCGAUUCAGACAAAACCAACGAGGAAGAUCUGUUUAAGGCAGUGAGUCAAGUGAAGCUUGUUCUUGACUCAUCUGAUCUGGUUCUUGAAGACUUCACCAGCUAUGCAGACACAUCAACGUUUCCAGGUCAUUACGUGGUUUACUUGGAAGCAAAGGCCAAAAAGGAAGAGAAGAAGAAAGUGUCUUUGGAGGUCAAUGAAGAAGUGUUUACCAAGUGUUGUUCGGUGAUGGAGGAUUCGCUUGACAAUGUUUACAAGAGAUGUAGGUUCAAAGAUGGAUCGGUCGGGCCAUUGGAGAUCAGAGUGGUGAGUGAAGGGACGUUUGAUCUUCUCAUGGACUUUUUUAUCAGCCAAGGCGCUUCCACUGGUCAAUACAAGACUCCUAGAUGCAUUAAAUCAGGAAAGGCUUUAGAGGUUAUGGAGGGCUGUGUAGUUGCCAAAUUCUUUAGUACUUGAAAUUGUUAUUUCUUUGGAUUGACUUGAUAGCAGCCAAUAAACGUACAUGUGAAUGUGCUGUGUAGUAUUUUUUUUUUUCUUAAUAUGUUGAUUAUGGUCUUAUUUGAAAUUCGUCUGUAAAACGUGGAGCACAAUAAUGCAAACAUUGACAAUUUCAAG